AUGAACGACACCAGGGAUCCUGAGAAGCAUGUAGCAGGCCAAAAUGUCGAGCACGACUCCAGUGCGUCGUCCCAUGUUGAGGAAGGCGGCAGGCAUGCUGGACAAGGCCACGAGCAUCUCACGGUGAAAACAGCAUUGGUGUAUCUGGCCUUAUGUCUGCAGUAUGCGGCGCAGAUGUUCAAUGUCGUCGGUUCUGGUGCUUUCGCUCGAAAUAUCGCAGCCGCCAUCGGCGGAGCGGACAAGGUCGUCUGGAUAAGUCAGGCCAUAGUGAUCGUCACUGUCGUCCUUGGUCCUCCCGUGUCCCAAGCCUCCGACUACUGGGGAAGAAAAUGGUUUCUGGUAGCUGGUUCCAUCUUUGGUGCAGUCGGUGCUCUCAUUCUUGCACGCGCCGACACCAUGGGCCAGGCCAUUGGCGGACAAGUCAUUUCCGGCGUGAUGUAUGUCGGCCAGCCGCUCCUCAUUGCUGUGGGCUCUGAGAUUCUGCCCCGACGAUUGAGGCCGUCUGCACAAGCGGGUCUCAACGCCACAGGCGGGAUCGGCGGUAUCGCUGGUCUGCUCUGCGGUUCUGCCCUGACAGCGCACAACCUCUAUGGAUGGCGCAAUUAUUGGUACAUCACAGUGGCGUUGACAGGGGUAUCUGCUAUCACCAUUGCGGCACUAUACAAUCCGCCGCCUCGACCAGAGCAGCGGCAUCUAACGUGGCGUCAGAAGUUGUCAAGUCUCGACUGGUCAGGGUACGCCCUGCUUGCGGCAAGCUUGGUCCUGUUCUCCAUGGGACUCACUUGGGGCAACAACCCGUUCUCCUGGACAAACGCUCACGUUCUGGCGCCACUCAUUGUUGGCAUCGUCAUCUUCGUCGGCUUCGUCGCACAUCAGACGUUCUUCAAGCGAGACGGCUUGAUCCACCAUGACCUGUUCAAGAAAGAUCGAAACUUCGCCCUGGCCCUGGGCUGCUUUCUUGCCGACGGCAUGAUCUUCUGGCAGCGAACAACUACUACACCAUGGAGGUGGGAAUCUUUUCUUGCCGGAUUGCAUUAUUGUAUCACUUUCUUCGCCGGCAUUGUUGCUGCAAUCGCUAUCCACUUCGCAUCCAAAUUCACCAAGCGGCUUCGAGAACCUAUUGUGAUGUCUUUCCUGUUAUUCAUGAUCUUCUUUGCUCUGAUGUCGCGAGCAACGCUCACAAGCUACAACGCAGUCUGGGGAUACCCAGCGCUGCUAGGUUUCGGCUUCGGAUGGAGUCUUACCUUGCUCAUCACUGCGGCGCAGAUGAGCGCGCCCGCUGAGCUGAUCGCCAUCACUAGCGGUCUGAUGCUCGCCAGCAGAUCGUUGGGCGGCUCUGUCGGACUUGCGAUCUAUACCGCCAUCUUCAACUCCUCGAUGUCAAAGCAUCUCGGCCACGAUAUCGCGGCCGCCGUACUGCCCGCAGGUUUGCCGCCGACAUCGAUCGAGCCCUUCAUUGGUGCGCUGAUGAGCCAGAACCAGGCGCUGUUGGCACAGAUACCUGGUGUAACGCCAGCCGUCAUCGGUGCUGGCGUCCACGCUAUGCAGGGAGCGUAUCUGAAAAGCUUCGAGGUGGUCUGGAUUGCCGCUGCGGUGUUCUCUGGUGUGACUGCACUCGUCUCAUGCUUUUUCAUUAACCCGACCAAAGAGUUCAACGAUCACAUCGAUGCGCCACUGGUAGUACCCACAGAGCCGGAUGAGAAGUGA